UGCUAGCUUUUAUUUAGUUAUUGAUAUAACAUGAUAAAAAGAUCAUCACAAAAUAAUUAUUUUAAAUGUAACCGUUUUAAAUUUCCAUAGUGAUUAUUAUCUAAUUAUUAUUAUUAUUAUGGAGACGUUAAACGCUAAAAAUAUUGUAUUUACUCUAAUAACAAUUUUUGUUUUAAUUUUAUCAAUUCUCUUUGUAUAUGAACCAUCUCAAAAUUUUUUAUGUAGUUUUGCUAUUUUUGAAAGAUUUUUAACCAACACUCCUUGGGUAUGCUCUCUUUUUGACUCCAAAAGAUUGAGCAGAUAUAGUGGCGAUGGUGGAGGAAAAAUUUACUUGUCAAUCUUAGGUAACAUAUUUGAUGUUACUGUAGGUAGAAAAUUUUAUGGACCUGGUGGAUCCUAUGAAAAAUUUUCAGGUCGUGAUGCUAGCCGUUCAUUUAUAACUGGAUUGUUUAAUGAAGAAGAUUUGACUGAUGAUGUUCUUGACAUGAAACCUGAUGAUCUUAUUGGAUUAGAAACCUGGUUAAAUACUUAUAAAAAAAAAUAUAAAGAGAUUGGUAAACUUAUUGGACGCUACUAUGAUUCAGCUGGCAAAGAAACUGAAUACAAUAAAUUAGUUCAAGAAAAAAUUAAAUUAAUUAAAAAUAAAAAUCAUCAAAAGAAACACGAAAUGAGUCUUUAUCCUAACUGUAACAUAGAAUUCAAUAAUGAAAAACAAAUGAGUAAAGUGUGGUGUACAACAAUGAGUGGUGGAAUUAAAAGAGAAUGGACCGGAGUACCUCGUAAACUACAAACUAUUGAUGAAAACGGCAAACUAACAGUACGCUGUGCUUGUAUUCAAUUAGAAAAUUUAAGUAAUAAUGAGUUAGCUCGAAUUGUUCAGUAUGAUAACUGUGAUAAUGAUUUGACUACAUGCUAUGUAAAAAUAAAUUAAAAUACAAUAAAUAAUUUAAUUAAGUA